GCUGGUUCUGCUUCUCCCCGUGCGUCUGUCUCCUCUUCACCCUGCGGUUACCAAUUCUUGAUGGGGUAUUCACAUCGAACGGCGAACUAGGCUGACUGACUGACAGGAUGGACGCAGCAGCUACGGAGGUCAUGUCAGAAUCGGCGAGGAUCUCGGACGAAUGGAACCAGGACAAAGUUGAUCACUGGACCCGUAAGGAACUCAAGGAACGGUUUGUCCAGGGUCUUCAUGGGACAACAAUGACAGAAAUAGCUUCUGUUAUUACUGCAGUCAUGGUUUUCUUUAUCUUGCGAGAGGUAUCAGGGCUGGUAACUGAUGGAGUUGCAGCGACCACCAAGGUGAUGAGGAUGGCAUCCACCAUAGCCAGGCCUGGUGAGAGCCCGUCCAUGGACUUUAUGGACACACUGGUCACCAGCAAGAGUGGAAUGAGACACAUCUUUGUCAUUGUGGAUAGAUUUAGUAAGUACGCUAGAUUAGUUGCGAUGCCUGAAACAGCGAAGACCGAGUACGUGAUUAAGAUGUUCAAGGAGAACUGGGUUAGAGACUUUGGGCUACCAAAGUCUAUUGUGAGUGACCGGGAUGUCAGAUUCACGAGUGAGUUGUGGAAAGCUGCAGCUGCAGAACAAGGAACACAGCUGCAGAUGACAUCCGGGAACCACCCAGAGGCAAACGGGCAGGCAGAACAGCUGAACCGCGCUGUACAGCACCUGUUAAGGCCCUACAUCAAGCCCAACCAGGUGGACAGGGAUGAGAAGCUUGCUCUCAUCGCCAGCCUGUACAACAAUGCUGUGCACAGCGCAACAGGCGUAUCUGAUCGGCCAAUGACUGAUCCGCCAAUGAUGAACACCACGAAACUGAUCCGGAAAUCUGCCAGUGAUCAGCGGGUGUCAGAUCUGCCAAUGAUGAACACCACGAAACUGAUCCGGGUGCCAAUGAUCAGCGGAUUGUGCCACAAGGAGUUCACCGGAAUGUCAUCGAGAGCGGCGAAGCACUUUGUGCAGGCGUCAGAGGUUGCUCGCUGCAAGCACAACACCGUGGAGAUUGCAGCUGCGGUCCGCGAGUUCCACCCGUCACAAAAAAUCUGCCCAUUGAUGAUGACGAAAUUGAAUGAGUAUUACAGGACGCAGGGCCGUCCACCGGUCAUGGAGGAUCCCGUCGAUUUGGAGCCCGAUCAGAACACAGACGGGGAGGGUGGUCAUGACACACCUUCGUCGGGGCCAGAUCGUAGGGCAGGUCCGACGCCGGCUGAAGGGAGCGGCAUUGGUUUUGUAUCGACCUCUGUCAGGAAUAGAGCAGCCCCCACUUGCGCGGAUGAUCAGGUGCCAUCGGAGAUUGCCAAGCACUUGCGGGGUCCCGUCUUGGCUUCCGCUCGCCCACCACGACCUCCCUCAGCCGGUGCGGGGCGGCAGCAGACAUCCAUGGCCUCUUUUGUCGUGGAUGAGCUCCAGAAAGAGUUUGAACAGGCGAUCGCCUCAUUCUUCUUCGAGAACGCCAUUGCAUUCAACGCUGCAAGAUCAGACUCCUAUAAGAACAUGGAGAGGAUCAUGAACGAGACGGCCAGGUCGCGGAAGAUGUUGAAACUGCCAGGGUACAACUUCUUGAGGAUGAAGGCACUGCCUGCGGAGUACAAAACUAUGGAUACUGAUUUGGACACGGUCCGUGAGCCAUGGGAUGUCACAGGCCUCACUUUGAUGACGGACGGUACGACAACGACCAGCAAUAGGCCGGUCAUAAACUUCAUUGCGGCUGGGGAUUCGGGGGCUGUCAUGGUGAAGAGUGUUGAUAUGGAGGGGAAGGACAAGUCGGCUCCGGCUUUGGCGAGGAUGUGGGAGGAGGUCAUCAGGGAGUUGGGGGUGCAAAGGGUUAAUGCCAUAUGCACCGACUCGGCACAGGUGAACAUUUCCGCAAGGAAAAUACUAGCUGAACACGACGACUCGGCGAUCGGGAGCAUUCCUUGGGUGCCAUGUGCAUGCCAUGUGUGUAACUUGCUGAUGUCCGACAUCGCUUCAGUGCCAUGGAUUGGAGAGGUGAUUCUGCAGGGCAGGGAGAUCACCACGUUCAUCAAGAGACAUCAAAGAGCAUUGGCGAUGUUCAGGAGGGCCAGAAGGGAGUACAUGACACAACUGGGCAUCACAGACAGUAGGCCGUUGGAGUUGAUCCAGCCAGGAGAAACUAGAUUCGGCACAAACUUCGUUAUGUUGCAGAGACUACGGGAGGUGGGGGCAGUGUUGUUGGGGACAGUAUCUCCUUCCCUGUGGGACCGGCCCGCUGCGUCAAGGGCGCGAGCAUGCAAGGAACUCAUACGAGACCCGGGUUGGUGGUUGACCGUCGAGCGGGCAUGCACUUUGCUUCAACCAGUUUAUUCGUUGAUGAGGGGCAUGGACAGAGACGGGAGGAUGGGGAUGCAGGUGUGGUCUUUGGGGAUCACGUUGGAGAAGAGGAUGAAUAUUUUGCCCAUGGAUUGCGAGACAAGGACGAUCGUGAUGAAGAAGGUGAAGGAACGUGUGCGGAUGAUGGCUCUCCCUGUGCACGCAGCAGCAUGGAUGUUGCACCCACUCCACAGGUCGCCUAGAUUAUUCGACGACUUGGAGUCGGAAGAGAUCAUGAACACUCUGGCACACUUUGCUGCGGUUUACACCAAAAAUUCCAAGGAGUACAAAGAGUGUUGGAGGUCCUUGGAAAGUUUCCAUCACAAAAGUCCGGAGUGGAUUCGGCCGAACGCAGAGGAGGCUUUGGCAUGCACUCACGUUUCACUUGCGCAAUGGUGGUUGACAUGUGGGAAGAAUCACAAGUCGUUGCAGGAGAUUGCAGUCGCGGUGCUCAGCAUGUGGACAACCGCCUCUCCAUGCGAGAGGAAUUGGUCCACCUUCGACCUCAUUCACACAAAGAGGAGGAAUCUAUUGAGCCCGGAGAAUUUGCAAAUGCUCGUCUUCAUCCAUUGGAACAAGAAGUUGCUGAAGAUGUCGAAGAUGAAGACCGGGUUUGUUAACACCAAGCGACUGGAGUGGGAGACACCGGAGGACGUGGCCCCUUAUGAUGGCUUCAUGAAAGACGGGGAGUACGACCUGGAGGAAGUGAAGAGGAGGGCAGCGAAUUGGUCCAAAUCUCGCGGACGUAGAUCGAAGUCGACCAAAUUCGACAUUCGGGAGCUUGAGGAGGAGAGGGAGGACGACAGGGCAUGGCUCCUUGAUUUUUCUUACCGCCCUCUCCGUCUUGCGGAUCAUGACCACAUGGACGGCCCGAUUGCUGUUGCUCUGAUGGAGGCUGAUGCGGUGGCUGAUGCGCGUGGGGAUGAUCCGGUUGGUGAGCAUGGGGAUGAUCCGGCUGGUGCCACUGCUACGGAUGGUGCUGUUGGUGCAGUUGACGAUGGUGCUGUUGGUGCAGACACAGGGACCGACGAUGGUCCUAUUGCGAGCGGCGAUGGGUUCUUUACUCCGGAUCCGGAGUUGCGAUUGGGGGAGAGCUUCGCCUCCCUAUUGCCGCACGUGGCCCCUAUUGCCCCGCGUGGCUCUGCACAAGACUUUUGCAAGCACCUGGCUUCAAUGUCCCCAAUGCGGACUGAUGACGAGUCUUACACCCCUGAUUGGGCCAGAUUCACCGGACCCACCCCUCCCACUCUUUGGUUGGACGAGGACAUUCGGCUGGUCGCUGGGGAGGGCGCACAUGCCCAAGUUUACCGGCAGAGGACCACGCCAGUCCCGGAUGGUGGAACGACCCCACCACAUGACAGGAAUGCACGGCGUGCAACAGGGUCACCGCCCGAAAUUGACGAGAGCAAGGUGCGCCAAGUGAAGAGUUUGGCUGGAAGAAAGAAGGGAGGGAAGAACAAGGGAAAGGAGGCAGCGGCACCGAAGACGAGAGGCGGAAGAAGGAACGGACGCAAGACCUUCACGCCGACCGAGACCUUGGAAGAAAAGAGUGUUGUUGUUCGACAGGCGAAGAGGAAGAAGGCUCAACGAGUGCAACAGAAGGCCGCGGCAGCCAAUCGAUCGCCGAAACGCGACCCUCAGAAGAAGAGGAAACGUGUGCAAGAGGAUGACGAAUCGAGUAGCAGCAGCUCUUGGCCUUCCGCUUCUUCGUCCCGAUCGGGGUCGACAUCGUCGUCAACUGACACGAGUAGCAGCACAAAGGACAAGACAGCUCAGCAAAAGGCCGUCGACCUUGCAAUGGAUUGGCUCCUGGUGGUGGUACCCACCGUUGUGUGCAUGACAACCCUAAAGGGCGGUUGGAUGAUUCAGCAUGUCCUGGCCUUGGCAGUGCUCCUCCUUUUUUGUGUUGUUAUUUUGGCAAAAUGGUUCUACUCCUGGGAUCUUGUGUUUUGGAACGGUCCAUCAGUGGAAGCAGAGGCACAACUCUCCUCUUCUCGCAAACCUUUCUUGACGAACUUCCGCUCGCUUAUCAUGCUGAAGACAUGUGUUGCAAUUUUAGCUGUUGACUUCACUGUCUUCCCAAGGCGUUUUGCAAAGACAGAGUCGUAUGGAUUUGGUUUGAUGGACGUUGGAGUUGGGAGUUUUGUAGUGACAAAUGCGCUUGUCUCAAAAGAAGCAAGAGGUGCACGACCAUCGCCUCAGGGCGGAGUAUUACGAAACGUCAGCCCUCUUCUUAUUCUGGGAUUUUCUCGACUUGUGAUGACCAAAGGUGUUGAUUAUCAGGAACAUGUGAGUGAAUAUGGCAUACACUGGAACUUCUUUUUCACACUUGCUGGUGUUGCUCUCCUCACAACAGUCGUACGAAUUCCUGCUUGGAUCUGCGGUGUUGCUGGCUUCGCUGUCAUUUCUGCCUACCAAUGGGCCUUGUCACGUACUGGCCUGAGCGAGUACCUGCUAUCUGAUGAGAGAGGGGGAAGCUUGCUUAAUGAGAACAAAGAAGGGAUCUUCAGCUGUGUAGGGUACUGGGCACUGUACCUCAUCAGUGUUGAGUUGGGAUCUCAUCUCUUCAGUAAGCCAUUGCAGAUUAUGGCGGUCGAUUCUAAGCAGUCAACUGCAAGGAGUGAUAAAAUGCAUGAUGACAAAGCAAAGGAGGAUUAUAAUAAUGAUGAGAAGGAGCAUGGAAGACCCGGUGAUCGUGUCACUGAUGGGAAGAGCAAGAGAGGUCAAGCCUGGUGGAGUUGGGUCGCUUGUUUGACUGCUUUCGACGUUCUCCUCUGGGUUCUCACUGUUUUCCUCGAUACAUACGUCCAGAGAGCAUCUAGAAGAAUGUGCAAUAUGACAUUUGUCAUCUGGAUAUUGGCGCAAGAUCUGCAGGCUGUCAUCCUAUUCUUGGCAGCAAGCAUUACCUUUCCUCACUACCCAGUUCGUGUUCUGGAAGGCUUUGAUCACAAUCUCCUACCAUUAUUCCUUUUGGCUAAUGUUCUGACAGGAUUAGCCAACAUGACGAUGGACACGAUUGUGGCUUCCCAUUGGACCGGACUCCUGGUUAUCACCUUAUACAUCACAGUGGUAUCGGCAGUAGGUGUUGUUGUCUCAAAUGUUCGCUUGAAAUUUUGGUAAUCAUGGUUCUUUUUCAGUGUUCCCAAGGUUGGAAAUCAACUAUUUCUCUCGGGAAAUAAUUUUGUAUGUUUUUCAAAUGUCUGCAGAAUCUGUUCUCAUUUCUUGCUUUUUCCCGUUAGCUUCCUCUUAUUCUUCCUUGACCCGAAACUCCUCCGCCUCUUCCUCCUGCACUGCGCUUCCUCCUCCUCCUUAUGUUCUUUAAAAUCUGCUCGAUUUUUUUUUCAUUUUUAAGGUAGCUUCCUCUUAUUCUUCCUCCUCUUCCUCCCCCUCCCCUCCUUUUCGUGCUCUUCCACUCCUUUCUUCCUCCCUUCUUCCUUUUCUUCUCCCCUGACCUCCUACGCCUCUUUCCCUCCUCUCCUUUUCGCUUCCUCCUCCCCUUCCCUCUUCUCCUCCUCCUCCUCCUCUCCUCCUCGUUUGGUCGUCGUUGUCACCUCUACUAUUUCUUUGAUCAAGUGAUAAUAAGUUAUCAAUAGGCAAGAUAAAAGUGGAAAAAGAAUACCAAUAACUUAGCAAUAAGCACUAUUAAGCAUUGUGGUCAUCCCUGGGUUGGGCAUGGGGGGAAAAAAAAGACACUCGCUUUGGAAUUCUGGAAAGAGCCACAUCAGAAGGGGCGGGGACGGCUUUGGGAUUGUUUAACGAAGCCUCUGGCACGAUGACUGCUUUGAUGUGGCAUACUGCACACCACACGGGCCUGCAGGGCCUGACCAGGCGGAAUAAGGGCCCUCCAGGCCCUGUGUCGUUUCAGCCUAAAAAGGAGGGGCAAUUUUAGGCCCUCUUAAAGUCGACCGUUCCUGAAACUUAGGCGCCAGACCAGGGAUAAGCGCAGGCCAUUUUUAGGCCCGUUUCAAGACAACUUUUUUUGAACUUGGGCGCCAGGGUCUGGCAUGAUUCGGCAUCGGCAAGAGCGGCUUCCCAGCCGGACCAGCGCUAUAUAGUGCUCAUCCGCCAGGGAGGCCACAGGUAGUUCAGGAGGCAGUCUUCGGACAUUCGGCAGCAGCACUCUUGGGAGCGCUGCAGUAGUAGUAGGAGAUAGGAGUAGUCUUCAGCGCUGGGCGCUCCGAGUAGCGUUGAGAGGGAGGAGAGAGGUGGAGGCCAGGGAGCUUACCUGUGACACCAUCGCUUCAGCUUCGUCUUCGAGGUACCUGCAGCAAGGCGCCACCGUUCACAGGUUAGUACCGGGCACCAAGAGAAAGAGAGAGAGAAAGUUCUUCUUCCUCCUCCUCCAGUCCACCAUCUCUCCCUUCCCCUCCAGCUACCUGACUUCUCGGUAUCAGCAGACUGAGAGAGAGAGAGAGAGAGAGAGAGAGAGAGAGAGAGAGAGAGAGAGAGAGAGAGAGAGAGAGAUUUGUGACUUUGGGAUGUUGACAACAUUUGGAUACAGACUCAACCUUGGGACAGAGACAUUGACGGGAGACUAUUUGGGAUCGAUAUCAACGACAUUGGUGUUGACGACAUUCUCAUCUUCUCCCUCCUUUUCGCCUGAUCCCCUCCUCUUCGUCUGUGUAUGAUCUGGGCCUGGCGCAUUCUUCCUGUGUGUAGCGCCAGGCCCCUUCACACCUUGCGAUGAUGAUGAUGUAUGUUUGGUCUGCAUURCGACAUUGAUUGGUCUGAUCAUUGGUAUUUUAGCCUUCCGCUG